GUCAAUGUCUGAGCGGUCUAUAAGAACAUCCGUUCAUCUACCUGUGAAUUUCGUUCUUCACACAGCUCGAUCAUUUAUACUGCCACAGUUUCAAAAGCACAAACCCCAACAACCAUCCAAAAGCAUGCUCUUCAAGACUGCUGUCUUCGUGCUCACCUCUGCCCUGUCUGUAGCGGCACACCCGGCGCUGCAGCAGCUUAACGCUCGCGGCAGCGACACAUACACGUGCGGCAAUGCGUACGACGACUGCCAAGGCAGCGGCAGGGGCGAAUGGGUGUGCUGGGCAGAUGACGAGACGAAGACAUGUGGCAAGUGGAGCGGCAAUGAGCUAGAGAAACACUGGGACAAGCCGUUGAAAGAUUACUGCAAGAAGAAGGCGUACUGCUGCAUGAACGAUCCCUUCGUCGACAUCGACAUCAACAUACUCGGCCUGAUCGAUAUCGAUAUCGAACUCACGCUGGAAGACAGAUGCGAGGGAAGCCAGAUCUGGUAGACACUCCGCAAAUGACGGACGAAAGCUUAAAUUGAUAAGCUUUCAAAAUGAUUUCGAAAAAAGGGUCGGGAGAGCCAAGUGCGCCCCAGUAUUUAACUAAUGACAGUCAGCAAAAAAGUAUACUCGGUAAGAAUGACGUGGAGUGAGUUUAAAAAAUAGGGGUCUGAGAGUUCGUGCAAAAGGGAGGAUAAACAAGCUGCACACUUGGGGCACCUUUUCCUCAUUCCAAG